GUCGUCGACAUGAAAAACUCAACUACUUUGAAAAAAAAACUCGUCUUACGCGCGCACACAUGCGAGUUGCCUAGGACGUCGGGUAGCACUUUGCAGAAAUUGCAUCCGAAUGCGGCGUUUUACAUCCGCUGGAAGCGAAAUCUUCAGAAACUCGUUCUGGUCUCACCCCGACAUCCUUUGACGCCGGUGAUUUUGCGCAGCCAAGCGGCUGUCACUUUCGAAAGGAAGAGACACUCGAGAUCGUCCAAUCGAUGGAUAAUUCAUCCCUGCAGUAUGUUGAGAUUUUACUGGGACGUGAUAAUGACCGUCACAUUUCUGUAUAUUUUUGUGACGGUUCCAUAUAUUGUGUGUUUCCAUAGAAUUGGACUGAGUUGUUACGUUCAGCACUGGAACAUUGUUUACCCAGCUUUUGUCUUUUGUAUCAUCGAUAUAUUUUUAAAUUUCGUCACCGGAUUCGUGAGUUCGGACAGACGCGAGGUCUUUCUUGACAGUGUGUUGGUGAUGCGACAUUAUGCAAAAGGAUAUUUCUUCGUCGAUCUCAUCACUUCGAUACCGUACACGUGGUUCUAUUCGGGACGUAUUUUGCAGCCCGGUCCGGAUACGAAUUACGCGAUUCUUAUCCUCGAAUUUCUGCCAAUUUUGAAAAUAAUUCGCAUGCCUACAGUACGAUACAACAUUCGGCAAAUUAAUGCGAUGUUCGGAGUCAUUCAAGCUCGAGAGACGACGAUAUGGCUAUUCAUUUUAACGCUAUUGAUCUUUCACUGGAGCAGCUGUAUAAGUUACGUUUUCCCGUUUAUGGUCAGACAUGUGGAAAAACAAUCGAUGAUCGAUUUUCAUUACUAUGCGACACAAUUGGAAGACGUUUCCGAUUGGAAAAUUUACGUGACAUUCGUACAUGUCGGAGUGAGCAAUUUGAUCGGAUCCACUUUUACGGAAUUUGAACACUUCGGACUUUUGGACAAAAUUAUACGAUGUAUACUUUUGUUCAUAGGAAAGGGCUGUGCGAUUUAUUUGAUCGUUACAAUCUUGGAUCUUUUGGAAUCGCCGACCAAACUAGAGCUGAAACAUCAGCAAAUUAUGCGUCAAGUAAAUGAAUAUAUUUGUCAGAAAAAACUUCCACGAUAUCUGCGAGACAAACUGAUUUUUUACUACGAGUGUCGCCAUCAGGGCAAUUUUUUCCGGGAAAAACUGAUCACCGACACUCUUUCCAGAUACUUAAAUCAAGAAAUUCUACUACGCAGUCAUGAUUUGUUCGAUGCAGAUAUCUUCCGAAGUCUAGCCUCUAGCGUUCUUGCCGAUUUAAUAAGCAAAUUGAAAUCGGUGAUAUAUCUCGAGGAAGAUGUUAUUUACAAAUUCGGCACCGAGGGUGACUGCAUGUACUUCAUAGCCAGCGGAAGUGUAGCGCUGAUUACGUGGUCGGGAAAAGAAAUAUGUCACUUAGACGACGGUGAUCAUUUCGGCGAAGUAAGUCUGGUCUGUCCCGAUCAGCACAGAACGGAAUCAGCCAUCGCUGUGGAAGUGUGCGAGUUGCUCCGUCUGGAUCGUCGCGACUUCCGAUGGCUAUUUCCUGUUGGUUCGGAAUUUUACAAGAUCUUGGAACGUGUUGCGCAGGAGUAUCUGCAACGGAUCAAGAAACUAAACGAUCAACCGUUCAACGCGCGAGAAACGACCUAAAUAGUUGCGUUCGUGUUCUCGCGAAUUAGUGCGAUCGUCCUUGCGCGCUAUGAGUGUAAUUAAACAAUAUUAGAGGCACAAAUUACAUUGCGCGAAGCGAGAAGCGCAAGAGAGAACGGCCGUAUAUUUGUGUGACCCGGCAUUCCUGCACGUCCCUUAAAAGAUACUAAUAAGCGAUGGUGUGUAUAAACGGUAUCCGAUAUACCGCUACAUGCAGAGCAACGAUUUUGCACCGUAAUAAUUUUAAUGAGCUAUCGCGCUGUAGUUGUUUGCCUAAUUGCCAAACAAUUUUUAAACAAUUGAAUUACUUUAAGUUUUUUUAAUCGGUCGAAUUUAUUCCAAUUUUAACGCGCAUUAAUAUUUGCGACUUUAAAAACAGUUUUGUUUCUUCUAAUACAAAGUUUUCGUCAAAAAUUACAAUCCGGAAUAGAAAACUACGGUCGUCGUGCACAAAUAAAUUUUCUUUUCGGAUCGGCGAUCGAAAGCAGAGAUAAGAGAUAACAUAGAGUGUGGAUGUAACUGACAUUGUCGGAGUAGUGCAAUUCGAAGCAGUCCGAACGUAAAUAUGUGACCGAUAUACAAGCGCGAAGAGAGGCGCACCGCUUAUCUAUUUCUCCCACUGACCUACUAAAAUCGCCAUGUGCCCGGUACGAUUCUCGAAAUAACAUCGUCGUUGAGAAGAGAGAAACCGGCCACUCUGUUUGAUUCUACAGCAACGGAAAAACGACAACAACGGGGGAAAAAAAAGAGGCACGAACGAACUCGAUAAAAGGAUAGUCGUGUCGGCGAAGAAUGAAAAACGAGCACCGGAGAUCACGAUUGAUCCAAGUUAAAUGGACUCGAAUGAG